UUUUUCUUCUCUACUUGUCUCUCUUCACACUCCACUACUACUCUCCCACCAUUUCUACAUUCAACAAUAGUCUCAGCCUUCGAAUAUUAUCUCACUAUUUCCACAAUGUCGUCUUCACCGGAGCUCCGAAAAAUACUCGGGCCGGGUGGGAACCGGGUCAGAGAUUCAGAAGAACAGAAAAGAAACAAGGAAGGAAUGAAGAAACCUGUUAGAAUGCCAAAGACAAGUUUGCCCUUGCAGAGUAAUGGAUCAGUUGAUAGCUCUUCAUCGGACACGUCAAUUAAGAAAAUUGUGAAUUCAAAGAGAAGAGUUGUUGAAAGGACCAAAAAACCUGCUAAAGUUUUUCCUCAUCAUGGAGUUGAAACUUUGUCUUUGUCUUCAGUGGUUUCAGUUCCGGUUAAACGUUGUGAUUGGAUAACAACUAACUCGGAACCCCUGUAUAUAUCAUUCCAUGACGAAGAAUGGGGAAACCCAGUUUAUGACGACACAAAACUAUAUGAACUACUUGCCUUAUCACAAGCAUUGGCAGAAAUGACAUGGCCUGCAAUCCUUAAUAAGAGACACAUAUUCAGGAAGUUGUUUGAUAACUUUGAUCCAUCAUCUCUUGCAAAUAUUAAUGAAAAAAGGUUGCGGUCAUUAACAGAAAGUGGAAAGUCAUUGCUCUCUGAUCCAAAGAUUCGUGCAAUUGUAGAGAACGCAAAGCAUUUCCAGAAGAUUCAGCGGGAGUUUGGGUCCUUUAGCAACUACUGCUGGCGUUUUGUAAAUCACAAGCCAAUAAAAAGUGGAUUUCGCUACGCGCGUCAAGUACCGGCUAAAACACCAAAAUCAGAACUUAUGAGCAAGGACCUGAUGAAAAGGGGCUUCGUUUGCGUGGGACCAACAGUAGUCUAUUCAUUCAUGCAAGUGGCAGGGAUAUUUAAUGAUCAUCUCGUUACAUGCUUCAGAUACAAUGAAUGUAACAACAAUAAUGUCAAAGAGCAUUCACAAACGAAGUUAGUAAAGACAGAUACACAAGGCCGGGACCCUGCUGAGAAGAACACACAUAUGAGUCAUGACCAUUUGAGUUUGACAUAGCUGAUAUCCUCCGUGGAUUUGUAUUAAUAGUCUUGACACACUUUUAACGUACAGGAUUCUAAUUACAAGAGUGUUACUUUGGUUGAUAGUCUUUUCAGCUUUGCCAGGCGUGUAUUUAGUAACUUCCUAACCUUUGUAUUUGUCAUGUAUGAAGAGAUUGAAGGUUUGUACUUGUAUCUAUAAAAUUUGGUGUCUGCUAAUUUUUAAUGUU